AUGCCUGAAGAUAUCAACAUUAAACCGAUUCUCUGGAACGAUACUAACGGCCAACAGGAGGGUCAAUUCAGCCUCAUCCACAUCCCUCUACCUUUAUAUCCAGCCCUCCUUCAACCGAUAUUACGAGUCCUUCUCCCCCACGGAGGACCAACACAAAAUCAUGAGCCAGAAGGCCUCCUCGAAGGUCUCUCGGUCGACAAUAAGCAUGGCUUUCUCAAUAUCAGCGUAACGCCAAUCGAAUGCUCUAUAGUCUGCCAUACAUCAUGGGCCCAUAACGUCUUUGAGCCCGUCAUAAAACGCUUGCCAAAGGAAUCCUCAAAGCAAGUUCAAAUCUCCAAAGAAAACUACAUUGUCUUCUCCGUCAGCAGUGCUGGUAUGGAGGCCGGACAACGAGUCAUGGACCUCACAUCACCCCUAGCCAUGGCCGGCAUCCCCAUCUUCUUCAUCACCACCUACUACACGGACUUCAUCCUCGUACCAAGCAAAGACCGUCAAACUGUUGGAAAGGCGUUACUGGAACGCGGAUUCGAGUUCUCUGAAAAUGACUCCGCAUAUGUGGCGCCAACGAAUGUCUCGCACGCUCGUAUGCCAAGUACAUCUUCCGAACCACCCUCUACGCCUCCACCUACCAACGUCGCGGAACUACAAAUACGUACAUUUUCCCGACUGAAGAAAAAACACGUAGUUCCGUUCGUGGAGCCAGGGCUCCAUCUCGUACAAUGCUCAGGCAAGGAAAUAUUGCAUGAAGACGAAUAUCCGUCCCGGAACGGCAACGGAGCCACACACAGCUGGUUGGAUAACAUAGAUCCAAAACUAUACAUGGGUCUUGUGUCCGCUCUAGUCCAACAACCGCGCUUCCUCUCUGUAACACUAGCACAAGACGAUGCUCCCUCUCUCCUCGUCGACAAGAGUCUACUCUGGCUAUUUGGAAACUCAAUAGCAGGCGACACAGAUGGGGACUUAGUCCCCAUAUUCCUCGACCUCGUCGACCUCCCGCUCGAAAGCACAGGCAUCGUCUGUGGUGUGGCUGGCAAGCUAGUCGACGAGAUGCGUGGGACUACAGUCGAGCUGCCGGAACUGAGUUAUCUAAGUACGGCGCGAGCCGGGGCGGUAGUGCUGAGCGGUGAAGGGAGUGUGAGGGCGCUACAGGCGCUAUUGCCUUUGCUUGAGAAAAGCGAUGCUUAA